AUGUCAAACCAACUUGUUUGCAUCAAUGACUAUGAGCAACAUGCUAAACUGGUCCUUCAAAAGUCCAUCUAUGACUAUUACAGAUCUGGGGCAAAUGACCAGGAAACCUUGGCUGAUAAUGUGGCAGCAUUUUCUAGGUGGAAACUUUAUCCACGGAUGCUCCGCAACGCUGCUGACAUAGACCUGUCUACGUCUGUUUUAGGACAGAGGGUCAGCAUGCCGAUAUGCGUGGGGGCCACGGCCAUGCAGUGCAUGGCUCACGAGGACGGGGAGCUGGCCACUGUGCGAGCCUGUCAGUCCAUGGGAACGGGCAUGAUGCUGAGUUCCUGGGCCACCUCCUCCAUUGAAGAAGUGGCAGAGGCUGGUCCUGCUGCUCUUCGCUGGAUGCAGUUGUACAUCUACAAGGACCGGGAGGUCACCAAGCAGCUAGUCAGGCGCGCAGAACGGAUGGGGUAUAAAGCCAUAUUUGUGACGGUGGAUACCCCUUACCUGGGCAACCGCUUUGACGACGUGCGUAACAGGUUCAAGCUGCCACCACAACUCAGGCUGAAAAAUUUUGAAACCAGUGAUUUAGCAUUUUCUCCUAAGGAAAAUUUUGGAGAAACCAGUGGGCUUGCUGCUUAUGUGGCUAAAGCCAUUGAUCCUUCUAUCAGCUGGGAAGACAUCAAAUGGCUGAGAAAACUGACGUCACUGCCAAUCGUUGCAAAGGGCAUUUUGAGAGGUGAUGAUGCCCGAGAGGCCGUGAAACACGGAUUGGAUGGGAUCUUGGUAUCCAAUCACGGAGCUCGGCAACUGGAUGGUGUGCCUGCCACCAUUGAUGCUCUGCCAGAAAUUGUGGAGGCUGUGGAAGGGAAGGUGGAAGUCUUCCUCGAUGGAGGUGUGAGAAAAGGCACUGAUGUCCUGAAGGCUCUGGCCCUGGGUGCCAAGGCUGUGUUUGUGGGGAGACCAAUUAUUUGGGGAUUAGCUUUCCAGGGGGAAAAAGGUGUCCAUGAUGUCCUGGAGAUAUUGAGGGAAGAAUUCCGGUUGGCUAUGGCUCUGAGUGGGUGCCAGAAUGUGCAAGUCAUUGACAAGACAUUGGUGAGGAAAAAUCCUUUGGCUGUUUCCAAGAUCUGACACUGCACAAUAUUUUCCCAUCUGUAUUCUUUUUUUUACAGCAUGUAUUACUUGACAAAGAGACACUGUGCAGAGGUUGACCACAGGCUGUAAUUCCCCACUUCGAUACAAAGGGUGUCGUUCUUCUCCAACAAAAUAGCAAUCCCUUUAACUUCAUUGCUUCUGACUUUUCAAUGGGUGUCCUAGGAACCUUUUUAGAAAGAAAUGGACUUGCAUCCUGGAAAUAUAUUAACUGUUAAAAAGAAAACAUUGAAAAUGUGUUUAGACAACGUCAUCCUCUGGCAGGCUAGGGUACUGGAAAACAAAAGAUAUUCUUUGGUAAAAUUGGAGGUACUGAACACUUAGGUAAAAAGAGAAUCAUUUCACUGUGUGUUACCGGCCUUAUGUUAGAUAGAGUCAAAACAGUAAUUUUUGAUUGUAGCUCAGGCCCCACUGCUAGGAAUGCCUAG